GUUCCAGUUGAGAAUCGCCCCGUUCGGAGACUUCUGCGAUCGCUCGCCCGCCUUCCAUCCUUCCCGGACUCUGCGCAGGGUCGCUGUGGGAAAGGCGCCUUCUCCGGCUUCGACAUGGGCAAAAAGAAAGAAGACAACGAGGCUUCCGACCAGUACGGGGAGAAAUCUCAGUACGAUCCUUCUUUUCGUGGCCCUAUCCAGAAGAGGAGCUGUACGGAUAUUAUUUGCUGUGUUAUCUUUGGACUGUUCCUCGUUGGCUACAUGAUAAUAGGGCUUUUGGCCUGGCUCUACGGUGAUCCGAGACAAGUUAUUUAUCCCAGGAAUUCAACAGGAUCCUAUUGUGGAAUUGGCAGCAAUCGUGACAAACCUUACCUCCUCUACUUCAACCUCAUGAAAUGUGUCGUGGAAGCGAACCCACUGGCAAUAGCAAUGAAAGGCUUGCAAUGCCCUACCCCGCAGAUUUGUGUCGCCAAUUGCUCCAGCAAAUUCUGGACGGUGCUUCCAGAUGCCUUAAGUAAGAAACCUCCUGAAGUGUGGGAUCAGACAAUGUGCCAACCCAGCAUUGAUCUCCAAACUACAAAGUUGACGAUAUCAGAAAUCCUCAGCCAGCAACUUUGUCUUCCAUUCACCAUCCCAACCAAGCCACUUCUUAAUCGUUGCUUGCCUUCUUUUAACACCUCUGAUGUUGGAAGCUUUACUGUGGGUACAAUGUCAGUGAAUGAAACCGUGGGAUACAUCACAAACGGCACAGAACAACUUCUAGGUUCUCUCAAUGUGAAGGAUAUCAGUGUGAAGAUAUUUGAGGAUUUUACACGGACAUGGAUAUGGAUUCUCAUAGGUCUCCUGCUUGCCAUGUUACUGAGCCUCAUUUUUCUCCUGCUGCUGAGGUACAUCGCUGGCGUCCUGGUGUGGGUUCUCAUUGUGGGAGUAAUAUCCAUCAUUGCAUACGGAAUCUAUCACUGUUACACAGAGUAUGAUAUCCUCAAAAAGAAAGGAGCCACUAUUCAGACCAUCGGAUUUACCACUAACUUCAGCGCUUAUGGCAGUGUCAAAGAGACCUGGAUGGUAGCCUUGAUUGUCCUCUGUGUGGCGGAAGCCAUCUUGCUGCUUAGUCUCGUGUUCCUCCGCAACCGGAUCUUCAUUGCCAUCGCGCUCAUCAAGGAAGCCAGCCGAGCCAUUGGGCAUAUGAUGUCCACCCUCGUCUACCCACUGCUGACUUUCAUCUUAAUCGUGAUCUGCGUGGCCUAUUGGGGCAUGACAGCUCUAUAUCUUUCUACUUCUGGAGAGCCCCUUUUUCGGAUCACCCCAACCAAUGACUCUGCCCCAGGCUGUGAAAAAUAUCGCGGUAACCAAAGUUGCACGCCAUUGGAUUUCAAUGCCUCUGACAGUCAUCCUUGCAUAACUGAAUGCAUCUUCUACAGAUAUAAUGAUGAAGGGCUUUACCAGCGCAACCUCUUCAAUCUUCAGAUCUACAACGUUGUGGGCUUCCUUUGGUGUAUCAACUUCGUCAUUGCUCUGGGACAGUGUGUACUUGCAGGAGCCUUUGCCUCUUAUUACUGGGCCUUCAAAAAGCCUCAAGAUAUUCCAGCCUGUGCCUUGCCCAGUUCCCUCCUCCGGACAUUAAGAUACCACAUUGGGUCACUAGCUUUCGGCUCUCUUAUUCUCACCAUCGUUCAACUGAUACGCAUGGUACUGGAAUAUGUGGACCACAAGUUGAAAGAUUCCGGAAAUGCUCUUGCCAAGUUUUUUCUAUGCUGUCUGAAAUGUUGCUUCUGGUGUUUGGAGAAGUUCCUCAAAUUCCUCAACCGAAAUGCUUACAUUAUGAUUGCCAUUUAUGGAAAGAACUUUUGUGUAUCGGCCAAAAAUGCCUUCAAUCUCCUGAUGCGGAAUGUUGUCAGGGUCGUAGUCCUGGAUAAAGUCACAGAUCUGCUGCUGUUCUUUGGGAAGCUGUUGGUGGUUGGCGGAAUCGGCGUCCUGUCCUUUUUCUUCUUCACGGGGCGAAUCCCCAUUGACGAUCCCCGGUUCAAAUCCCCAGUCCUCAACUACUACUGGUUGCCCAUUCUGACUGUGGUUGUAGGUUCCUACCUCAUCGCCCAAGGAUUCUUCAGUGUCUACAAUAUGUGUGUUGACACGCUGUUCCUCUGUUUCUUGGAAGACCUGGAGCGCAAUGAUGGUUCCCAGGAGAAGCCGUAUUACAUGUCCAAGUCUCUUAUGAAGAUCCUGAACAAGAAGAACAAGAAGGCCAAGGACAAAUAGGAAAACCCGGGACUGGAGGAAACUCCUCAACUUAUGUUAUUGGUCCCCAUCAUUUCUUCAUCAUUUUUUUUUUUGCAUCCAUAUCAGAGACAACUUAAUGUUCUUCCCUUCCCCUUCACACAAUGUUGUGUGGACUUCCACAAGAUGACUUGAAACUCUUCCUCAUAUUUUUUUCCCCAUAUUGCCAACCUACCCAUAUUGCUGUUUAUUGUGCAGAUUGUCUAUUUAUGAAUAAUUGAUCUAUUUAAUUUCUCUCCCGUAACAUGGGCCUCUUUUUGGAAUCCUUCUUUUGAUCUCCGUCUUCCAAAAUCGUUUUUUUUUUGGCCACCGCUCUGCUUCCUUGGUCUGGGAUCAUUUAACCGAUCACAGCUGUUCUGAACUCGUUCUGGUCAACUGUCUUUUCGGAUGGGUCAAAAUCAGGGCUCUUUUCGUAGUCUUUGGUUGUCCACUUGCUCCAUUUGUAAAAUACAACCUUUUUUUAGCUACGUUCCUGGCCCAAAACAGGCAGUGUGGUGAACCACAAUAAAGCUCCUUCUUAAAUCGUGUCAUGCAGAAGCAAAUCUUCUCCUGGUGCCAUCAACAAUCUCAGAAAAAUCUUGCUUCCCUGGCAUGUUGAGUGGAUGCCCUCUGGAAAGAGUGCCUUGGGCCAGGUGCCCAGAUGUUCUCCAGAUGUUUUGAAUGUGAACUUCCGAGCUGGAGUCAGAACCCAAAUCAUUUUGAUUGCUCGGUCUAUCCUUCUUCAGCUUCGAUGACUGUUAGCACAUGGUUGGCCUUUUCAGAGGUACUUGGGUUAUUUUCUAAAGGGCUGUUCCUACCUUCUCUCUCUGAUUUAUAUUUUUAUCCUUGACUAUUUUUAGAGGAUUAAACCUGGCGUAUUGUUGAAUUCCUGUUCCUGACUCCUUCCCCAGCCAAAGACUUUUCUGAAACUGGUAAUUAUUCCAAGGUGCCAUCUUGUAUUUCAGAUCAAAUUGUUCUUUUUCCUCCUGAGCCAAUCCUCUUUCUGAAUGUUUUACCGGUUGAAUUGUUCAAUAUUGCACUGGCCAAGCACCAAAUGACAAAUGGUUUUCGGUACGCUGAAUGUCGGCCAUCUUAUUUCCUAAGUGCCUUUGUGGAUAAACUCCAUUUCUGAUAUUGUAGUGCCAACAUUUGGCCCAAGUUUUUGAUUUACCAAGCCAGCUUAAUUCACGCCAACUCCAUCACCUCUAUUUUUGCUUUAUUUCCCUCACUUUUUUUUCUCCGCAAUGGUUUUCCUUUCUCUUUUUUUCUUUCCAGGGUAUCUCUUGCCAUUAAAAAAUAAAAAUCAUAUUGUGGCAAGAUGCAAAACACCAACUCUGUUCUUCGGAUCAAUUUAUAUCUUAUGCAAGGGUGCCGUUGCAGGCAUUUCCUGUACAUAGCUUUCUCUCUGAUGUAU